AGCUGGUUCCGUCGACUUGCGUUCCUGCAGACGCAAUUGACGAACGCAUUCGUCUGUUGGAGGAAAUCGAUCCAGUCACGAAAAAGUCUGGCUUCUUGGAGGAAUUUGAGCGCAUUCAACAAGUGGACGAUCAGUUUUCUUCUCGACGUGAAGGGAAGAAGGAGCAGAAUAUUAGCAGAAAUCGUUACAAAAACAUUGUUCCAUUUGAUCAUACUCGGGUAAUCUUGAAAGACGUUCCUCCCAACGAAUCUGACUAUAUUAACGCCAGUUAUAUAAAGAUACCGAAAGGACCACCACUGCAUCUUUACGCUAAUCGAGAGUAUAUUUCCACACAAGGUUGUUUGCCUAACACUCUUCUAGACUUCUGGCGAAUGGUAUGGCAAGAAAAUAGUCGCGUAAUAGUCAUGACUACCAAAGAAAUGGAACGUUCACGGAGCAAAUGUCAUGUUUAUUGGCCGGCAUUACGAGAAGAGCUAAAUCUUCGUGAAUAUGUGAUCAAGACCGUCGAGGAGACUAAAGUGCCAGGCGACAACGGAUUAGACAUGUUCAUUAGGCGGCGUUUUAUGGUGGCUAAAAAAGGCCUGCCUCAGCGAGAACUGUUUCAUCUACAGUUCAUUGGUUGGCCUGAUCACGGUUGCCCGGAACAACCGGAAUCUGUGCUACGUUUUUUGGAUGCCGUAGAUGUAGCCUGUAAGAAGGCGAUCUCUACGCAGGGUCCCGUUAUUGUGCACUGCAGCGCUGGUAUCGGGCGAACGGGCACAUUUAUAGUGAUUGAUAUUCUCCUUAACCAAAUUCGGCAUAGAGGAAGCUCUUGUCCAAUCGAUAUUCCACGUACAGUAAUGAAAAUACGCGAACAGCGAAGCCGUAUGGUUCAAACAGAAGCCCAAUAUGUCUUUCUGUACAGAGCAAUUAGUUGCUACAUAGCUAUGCAAAGUCGGUCUCGACAUCCUUCCGAUGAGACGGGUACCGGUGAAGGAGGACAUCCACUUCAUCUUCCACCACCACCAGUUCCGCGACGGCGAGCGGUACCGGAGGUCGCUCAGGCAUACGUGAAUAACGGAUAG